AUGGCAACAGCUUACCCUGUACUGUCAAAAGUUAAAGGACGGAUAUUUUACAGGUAUUCUCUGAACCACGUUACCAGGAGGUUUUCAGAGAGCAAUGACAAAAGCUGGUUGCGUUCUUUAUUUAAGCACAAAGUGGAUGCCAGAAAAGAUGCCCACUCCAACCUGCUGUCAAAGAAGGAGACCAGCCACCUGUAUAAAAUACAAUUUCACAAUGUCAAACCGGAGUGUUUGGAAGCAUACAACAGUCUAGAGGCUGAGGUGCAGUAUAAGCUCCAUCAUGACCUGAACUACCCAUGUGAUGUUGUCGGAAGCUGGAACACCUGGUAUGGGGAACAGGACCAAGCUGUGCAUCUGUGGCGAUACAGAGGAGGCUACCCAGCUUUGACUGAAUGCCUCAAUAAGUUGAAUAAAAACAAGGAAUAUUUAGAGUUUCGUAAGGAAAGGGCAAAGAUGUUGAUUUCAAGGAGGAACCAGCUUCUUCUAGAGUUCAGCUACUGGAACGAGCCUCUGCCCAGACAAGGGCCGAACAUCUAUGAAUUGCGAACUUAUAAUAUCAAGCCAGGAACCAUGAUCGAGUGGGGCAACCACUGGGCACGAGCAAUCAAAUACAGACAGGAGAACAACGAAGCAGUGGGCGGCUUCUUCUCACAGAUUGGACAACUCUACAUCGUUCAUCACUUUUGGGCCUAUGACAGUUUUCAGACCCGGGAGGAGACCAGGAACUCUGCCUGGUUGAAGGAGGGCUGGGAUGCAAAUGUUUAUUAUACAGUGCCUUUGAUCAGAAGCAUGGAGUCCAGAAUAAUGAUCCCCACCAAGAAUUCACCACUGCAGUGAGAUGAUGACUGAACAUUUUAAAGACCAAAACUCCUUCAACUGCUACAGAGCAACAUGGAGUGAAUCUGAAUCCCACGGACUGUAGAUUUUAUGUAAGAUCUGUGGCAAAAAUCAUGUGUACAAAAACGUUUUCUGGUUGUAUAUUUGCACAACAGCCAGUCAAGUCAGGAACAAAAGUCAUGCAUUGCUCAAGCUGUCCCUGUUUUACAUUUUAGAACAGUGAUCUAUGUAUCUUUAUUAAGGUCAAAUGUGUUAGAACUGAAACAAUAAAAUUCUGCUUUAUGGGUG